AGAUGACUACAAAACCACAUCCCCUAAAUACAUACAUACAUACAUACCAGGGGUUUAAACUUUAAACCAUUCUACCCAAUUCCAAUCCCAAUCCAAAUCCAUAUCAAAUUCUAAUAAUUCCUUGAAUGUAGCUUUCAAAAUUACAAUAUUUUACAGUAAUCUUCUUCAAACUCUUAACAUAAUUAUCAAAUUUGAGCAGUACAGUUUCGUGUUGGAUACGAUUCCUUAAAUUCCCCUUCGGACAGUGACAUAGCAGGAACGAUUAUCGGUUCAUUCGGUUGAUGAUCUUGUACAUAGCAUGCGCACGUAAGAUAUGGUGGUGAAGAAGAGAACGUAUAGUGGAGGAUUUCAUGAUUUACUGGCCCCCGUGAUACCUAGAGCUCCUAGAUCCUUGCGGAGGAGGAUUCUACGUAACAAAUCAUCCGAAGAUGGUGGAAUUUGUGCUUUUGAGUUGUUAGCAGAUGUAGCCGACAAGCUAUUACAGGAACAGGAGAGUGAAAGCUCUACAUCUAGUAUUAGUUCGAAAGGAAAGCGACAAAUUAGCAUUCCCGAUGACGGCAUUAAAAACGAACUACGUGAAGUCAAAGUCAAACCCGUAGUAUCAGAGCAACAUAUUCUGGUUAGCGGUGCGGAACCCACCAAUCUAGACCUUUCUUUGAAGGAAUCGCAACAUUCCGACAAUGAUUCUGGUUCGGAUCAUGCUUCUAUUAUUACAAAUGCUGAUUUAAUAAAGAAAGUCAACUCUAAUCUGAUAAUGGAAGCCAUCGAAGAGAAAUCUGGCAACUUAUGUAAUGCUAACUAUGGUGAUAAUAGUACUGAAAUACACCUCAAGGCAAUAGAGGAACAAAGUUUAGGGUUGACUUCAGUCAAGACCUACAGUUUGAAGGACCAUUUGGAACCAUGUGUGAAUACCCGUGUGCUAAACAAGUCAGCUAGUAGUGUACAUCUAUCCUUUUGUAAAGAUCUUUUUCACAGUCCAAGGCAUAGGGGAAAUGUGAAAGUAAAUAGUAGAGAUGACGAUGAAAAGUAUUUUAGGUAUACUAACCGCAGUAACACCAGACUACGGGGUUUGGGGUCACGAUCGCGUGCUAGAUACACAAGAAUGAGGAAAAUGAUUCCUUCUAGAUACUGGAAAGUCGCUCAAACGCUGAGAGAUUAUGAACUCCCAAACGGCACUGGUAGCGGAGCUAAAUCCUUUUACCAAAAAAGAAAAAAUAUAUACAUGCGAGAGCGGUUUCAAGCAGAUGUCGUAUAUAAACGGAGGAAGUUGUUUCAUCAAAGCUCACGUAAUCCAUGUAUUAAGAAGGAAAGUAGUGAAAGCAUGCCAAAUUUAGUGAAGUUUAGCAUAAAGUCGUUUAAAGUGCCUGAACUGUACGUUGAGGUGCCUGAAACCGCAACCGUAGGCUCACUGAAGAGGAGUGUGAUGGAGGCUGUCACGGCAAUUUUACAUGGUCAAUUACAUGUAGGGGUACUUGUUCAAGGCAAGAAAGUUAGAGAUGACAACCGAACACUCCAACAAUCUGGGAUUUCCAAGAAUUGUAACCUUGAAAGUUUGGGAUUUACGUUGGAGCCUAGUUUACCUGAAGGUUCUUCGUUACUUCUUCAACAAGAAACUCCAUCAUGCAACAUGCAGGAACAACUAUGCAGGUCUCCUUCUAGUCUGGAUAUCAGUGGUGGUUUGUCAAACUCUUCUGCGGAUCAUCCUUUUCCAGCAACUGCUAUGGAAAACCGUGUUGAGACGAACGAAGUAAGUACAACUUUUGCAGCUGAAGUCACACCAUUGGAGGAUUCCAAAGCUCUUGUCCUUGCUCCAGCAGUUGAUGCUGAGGCACUCGCGGUCGUCCCUCUGAGUGAAAAACCAGCCAAAAAGUUCGAGUUUUCACAAAGGAGAACUCGGAGGCCGUUUUCUGUAUCGGAAGUAGAAGCACUAGUGGAAGCGGUUGAAACCCUGGGAGCCGGAAGAUGGCGUGAUGUUAAAAUGCGCGCGUUUGAUGAUGCAAACCAUCGUACUUAUGUUGACUUGAAGGAUAAAUGGAAAACGCUCGUUCACACAGCGAGCAUCGCGCCCCAGCAAAGAAGGGGAGAACCGGUGCCCCAGGAUCUUCUGGACCGGGUACUGGCCGCACAUGCCUACUGGUCUCAGCAUCAGGCUAAACAACAUGCGAAGAAGAAUCAGAAGACCUUGGAGGCUCAAAUGUAGAGUUUAAGGAUGAUGUCGAAAAAUAUUAGGUAAAAAGAUUUGCUUAAAGUUGAUGUAAAGUUUAAAGAUGAUGUUGAAAAAUGCUAAGUAAAAAGAUUUGUUUGAAGUUGAUGUAACAUGCUAAUCUUUUAGUAAUUGUGAUUAACUUGGUGGGUUUGUAAAUUAUUCAGGGCUGGAUAUAAUUGCUUUUUCUGAUGCAAUUUAUUAGAUUUCAGUUU